AUGGAAGCAAACAACGUCGCAGCGACUAUCCAUACUAUCGCUAAGCGUUGCCAAGUGAAGGAAGAUCGCCCACCUCUAAAAGGAAUCGUGCUCACUUCGGAUGCUUCAAAAGAAAUUGCUAGCGACAUGCUUGGCCCAGGUGAGAUCACCGCUCGGGCGGAUCGUACUAGCACUGGGAAAAGAUCUGCAACUGAAUCGGGAAUGUCUGGGACUACGAGUACAGGAGGAGGCGCAUCAACCUCUGCACGGAAGAGAAGAAGAAGCAAUGAAGUUGGUGUGACGUCAUCGUCAUCCAGUGAAAUGGCGAAAAAAGCGGAAAACCCUGAGAAGCGCGACAAACACAAGAGGCGUACGAUAACAAAACGAGGAGGAGCUGUUCAAGUUAUUGAGGGUGAGCUUGAAAUUAAAGGCACUUUUUUGCCACGGGACGGGAGUGCUAUGAACUAG